CAUUUUAUUUCAAGUUUAAAUUAUAAAUUAUAAAAGAAACCAGGGAUUUCUCUUACUGAUUUAUUUAUUUAUUUAUUUAUGAAUCUUAAUCUAAUCACAGUAUAAUUACUGACAUUUCCUUUGCGUAAUUAGAAUGGGAAAAACCUUUUCGUCUCUAAGUGUAAGUUUCGUCUUUUCACCUUUUCGAAAUCAUUAAAUUGUUUUUUGCAUAACAAAAUUCACCGCCAAUGCAACAGCUUAACGUACAGAAAAUGUUGGUAUUAUUCAGCCUGGUUGGUUUCAUGAGCGUUGUGACUUCACUCAAAUAUACAGUGCGUUAUUACCCGUACAGUCAUCAAGAAAUUAUUUUCCAUAACGCCCCACCUGACACUUGCAGUAAAUAUGGACUUUUUAGAACGUUUAUCCAUAGAAGCAGUGUUACAAAUGGAAGAAAUACAUCUUGUGAUUGCGGUUUGCGUGGUGUGUUUUAUAAUGAACGACCAAACGAGAGACCUUCGUGUCAUUUUCAAAAAGAAUUUGUAUCCUUUCUAAACAUUGAGAAAAAGCUUGGUCUGGCUAAAACGCACGAGAGACAUUUUUGUACAGGGAAAGGAAGUUACGAUAUCGAAAUAUGGAACGUCAACAAAAGUUGGGUACAAUAUAAAAGAUCACGUGAUUUCUUAGUGACAGUUAGAAAAGGGAAUGGAGGACGGAGAAAAAAUACCAUUUCAUUUCAGUGGAACACCUCAUUAAACCGUGACGUUGUGUGGCCUAAAUACGCCGGAAACUUGCUCCGUGUGACACCUUAUUGCGGCAGUAAAAGACUUAGUUCUUUCUGGGCUAUCGCUGAAGGUAGUCGAACCUAUGAAAUGGAUGAGGACGAGAAAGCAGAUGACAAACCACCCAAAACUUCUGUAUACAUAGUCGCAAGCAUUUCAGUUGUGGUCAUGAUUUUCGCCUUAUUCACCUUUAUUCAUUGGAGCAGAAAAAGAUGUUUCAAAAGUGAUGAAAAAAUUCAAUCAGAACCUAUCACAACUAAAUGUCGGAAAUGGGUCACUUCGUGUUCAUUUACGUUUUCGUUUCCAAAAGAAGGAAUGUUACCAUGUUGUGUGUUGUCUCUCCCACAAGCACAAAGAUAAUUUUAAUGUAUUGCAGAAAAAUAUAUGGCUGUAGAAGUUUUCUGUUUAACGCUUGUGUAACAUAUUUCAUAGUGUUCCAAAAUUGGGUGUACUUGUGUCCAUUCUGUCUACCUUAUUAUCGCGCUACAGUGAUGUCAUACGUGUCACUUUUUAAUCUUGUAACUGUGAAAAUAAAAUUGAACAUUAUGUCAUUGAACUGUUACACAUUAUGUUGAUGUCAUUAGGACCGUCUCUCAUAGAUAUGUGUAAACGAUUUUAUUCUCAAGACACGAAAGAAUGAUGUACUCAAAGUGUGAAGAAGGUUGUAAAAAAGUUUUAAAUAUAAAGUGAAUUUAUGGUGUUGUAUCGAUUAAACGCCAUAGCGCUUCUUGAAUCUUUACGUCUUUUUAUUGUGGGCGCUUAUCUGAAUAAGGGUGGUUUGGGGUGGGCAGUUGGUUAAGUGACAAUAGGAUGAUAAAUAUCUUUUUUUUGCUGUUAAGAUUUUUUCUUCCUUUCUUCUUUCUUUUUUCCAUUGUGUUUUCAUUAAAUUAAUGAGUGGUGCUUAAAACAAAUAUUAAUUUUCCAAACUGAGCAUCGGGGAAGGGCGCUUUAUCAAUGCUUUGUUGCGCCCAUUUUUAGCCAAAUUUUACCCAAUGCAAUACUGCCCUCUGCCUAGCUCAUUUUAUUGUUUCUUUUUAUAUAUAUAUAUAUAUAUCUAUUAUGAACCUAAACUUGACUUUAAUAA